CCAAUACCAGUUAGGAUUCCUUUUCACAAAAUCAAGUCCGAUAUUUCAAAUUAGGCAGUAAAAUAAUAUCUACUCUCAAUCAUAAUCUGAAUCCCGACUCAUCGUUUUGAUUUCUUUGCGCUAUCCAAUUGUAUCCAAAAGUUUUUCACUCUGCAGAUACGAUUUGUAUUUUUCUUCGAGUCACUUUUUAAUUAAUCUACGUGUAUUUAUUUUUUCUCAUUAAGGACAUUUUCUAUAGUUUCGAGGUUUGUUAGAAUAUAGCGAGCGAGCAUCGCCAUCAUCAUUGGAGGGGUAAAGCGCCGUUUUAUGGAUAUUGGAGUACGCAGACAAAAGUUCGAUUUCAGACAUUCCGUUACCCUGUCUGACAGAAAAAAAAUGAAAUCUGCUGAAGAGGAGGCAUACAGCCACACCCCCAACGUCAGUCUCUCCCAGGGCAACCCCUGCAUGCCUUCCCAAUACCACAGUCUCCAGUCUGGCCCCACCAUCUCAGUCUCCAUCAGCCAGCCUCCCAGCUACGGCGCCCACAACAACAUGAGGACAGUGGGUUACUACUCCUCCCCUAGCAUCCGUCCAAAUGGGGCGCCAGCCCUCGAGAGCCCUCGUAUUGAGAUCACAGCCUACGGGCAGUUUCCUGAGGACAAAGUUGAAGAGAGCAACAACCUUACUGUGGCUAAACGGGUCAACUCCAUCGUGACCCUGACGUUGCCCAAUGCAGAUGGCUACCGUGACCCCAGCUGCCUCAGCCCGGCCAGCAGUGUGUCGUCACGCAGCUGUCACUCCGAGGCCUCGUCCUAUGAGUCGGGCUUCUCCUACAACUAUGAAAACUCACCCCAAAACUCGCCCUGGCAGUCGCCCUGCGUCUCACCCAGUGGCUCCUCCUCUCUCGCCCUUCCGGGUGAUGCUUGCGCCAAUGCGGGCUCCCCCCGGCACUCCCCCUCCACCUCCCCCAGCACCAGUGUCACGGACGACAGCUGGAUGGGCCAGCGGGGCUCGAGGCCCAACUCCCCUAGUGGUGGAAAGAGGAAAUACAGCUUCAACGGAACCACAACCUCCAAACCCCCCUACUCCCCUAACCACUCCCCCGGGCCGUCCCCUCACACCUCCCCACGCCUCUGCGUCACAGGUGAGUCCUGGAUGCCUAACAACACCAACCAGUACACCAACUCAGCCAUAGUUGCAGCCAUCAACGCUCUGACCACAGACGGUGUGGCAGACCUGGGGGAGGGCAUCCCUCUGAAGUCCCGGAAGACCAGCCUGGAGCCUGGGGCAGUCUGCCUGAAGGUAGAGCCUGGAGGAGAGGAGCUCAGCCCUGGGGAGCUCGUUCAGGAUGAGUACCCCUUCUCCCGCAUGCCCUUUAAGAAGGAGAACUACUGUGGGGGAUUCCUGGAUGUGCCACAGCACCCAUACUCAUGGUCCAAGCCAAAGCAAUAUGUCAGCCCAUCUCUACCAGCCCUUGACUGGCAGCUGCCGUCCAGCUCGGGGCCGUACAGCCUACAGAUCGAGGUGCAGCCCAAAUCUCACCACCGGGCCCACUAUGAGACCGAAGGGAGCAGAGGGGCAGUCAAGGCUCUGGCAGGAGGACACCCUGUGGUGCAGCUCCAAGGCUACAUGGAGAGUGAGCCCCUGACCCUGCAGCUGUUCAUUGGUACGGCAGAUGACCGUCUCCUGCGGCCCCAUGCCUUCUACCAGGUCCACCGCAUCACCGGCAAGACCGUCUCCACCCCCAGCCAUGAGGUCCUGCAGUCCAACACCAAGGUGCUGGAGAUUCCACUGCUGCCCGAGAACAAAAUGCGCGCCAUAAUUGACUGCGCUGGCAUCCUGAAACUCCGCAACUCGGAUAUCGAGCUGAGGAAGGGCGAGACGGACAUCGGGCGUAAGAACACACGUGUGAGGAUGGUGUUCCGGGUUCACAUCAACCAGCCCACAGGAAGGACAUUGUCCUUGCAGGCUGCAUCCAACCCCAUAGAGUGCUCCCAGAGAUCAGCCCAGGAGCUGCCCUUGGUGGAUAAGCAGACCUUGGAGACGUGCCCUGCUGCUGGGGGAGAGAGGAUGCUCCUCAGCGGACACAACUUCCAGCACGACUCCAAGGUGGUGUUCGUGGAGAAAGCCCAAGAUGGCCAUCACCUAUGGGAGACAGAGGCCAAGGUUGACAAGGACUCCUGCAAGUCUACAUCUCUUCUCAUUGAAAUCCCUCCUUAUCGGAACCAGAGGAUAUCCAAUCCUGUUCAGGUGAACUUCUAUGUGUGCAAUGGCAAGAGGAAAAGGAGCCAGUACCAGCACUUCACCUACAUGUCUGCCAAUGUUCCAAUUAUAAAAAUGGAGCCGAAUGAUGACUACGACCCCCCUCAGGUGUGUCCCCAGCGUGGCCCUGGCCUGGCGCUUCGCCCCAAGCCCUACUACACCCCACAGGUCAUGACCUCCAUUAUACCCACAGAACUCCGGCCAUGUGUGGGGGGCACCUACUCCGCCUGCCAACGGAGACUGGGAGGGAAGCCUUCCUCACUAUCCUCCUCAUCCUCCCCCAGCACCAGUCCCAAACUGCAUGACCUGUCACCCACCACGCCCUUCUCCAAGUGCCUGUCAGCAGGCCCAUCCCAGUCUCCGAUCCCACAUGUCUCCAUCAUCCAGGAGAGUUCUGGAUGCUACCAGCCGCAAUCUGUCCUCUACCCACCCAGUAGUGCCUCAUCCUCACCAGGCUCACAGCCCUCCACCCCUGACACCAGUGGCCCGGAAGCCCCGUUCUCCCCCACCCACUGCCUAACGCCGGCCCAGCCCAUCAAUGGCAGCUCCAGCCCAGUGACCCAGUUCUCCAAAGUGCCAGAGAGAGGCAGCCGCUCGUCGAGCCCCACGCUGGCCAUUAACAUCAAACAGGAGCCAGAGGAACUGGACCAGAUGUACCUAGAUGACGUUAAUGAGAUCAUCAGGAACGACCUCUCAAGCAUCUCUGUCCACAGUCAUGCGUAGCACCACUUUCAUCAUGGACACAGGAGGACUGAAGCAGAAGAAAGGGAAUUACCAUACUGUACCAAUAAUUUUUACAACGUCUGCACGCUUGGACUACAGUAGGAAGCCAAAAAAACAACCAAGGGGAACAGAGAUUGAGCAUCUUGAAGAUUAGAAUCUAAUGUGUGCCUUUCAGAAGAUGCCGUUUCAGAAGAUUCACCAAUGUAUAAAAAUUGAAGAUGAAAUGAAAUGGCUGAUCUCUCAGAAAAUAAAAACAGGAGUACUAUGCAGCACUGCACCUUCCAGCCUCAACCCCAAUAAGUAUGCUUUUUAGUGGACCAAUUUCGUUAAAUUUUUUUUUUAUUUUUUAUUUUUUUACUUCUGUCUGCAGAUAUUGUAAAUGAUUCAGUGCCUAAGUGUACGUUUUGUGUACAAUGCUUCAGAUUGUUUUGUGUAUCUGGCUUUCAAUGAGAUGAUUUCAUCCAUAAUAAGUGCCUUUGACGGGAAAUAGGAAAUGAUGAGAAUUAAAGGGCGACUGCACUUCCUGA